GAAAAUCUGAGGAAGACCACCCCAAGAGAUUGCAUCAUUCCUUCGUACAACUUCUGCAGAUAGCCAUGUCUGCCAAUUUCCAGCAGUAUGCUAAACCAGGAGAGGUCACCCCUGAGAUCACUCCCAGCCGAUUGUUCGACACACCAAUCAAGGUCCCAAGCCGCCUUCUGAUGGGUCCUGGACCCGUCAACGCGCAUCCGAGGGUGCUAGCUGCUCAGACUCUGCCUCUCCUCGGCCAUAUGCACCCCCCCUUUUUCUCCAUCAUGGACGAGAUCCAGGAUGGGCUCAGAUACUUGUUCCAGACGAGCUCAAAAUACGUCCUCUUGAUCAGCGGAACAGGACAUGCGGGCAUGGAGGCGGCAAUCGCGAAUAUGCUGGAGCCUGGCGAGACAAUUGUGGUGGGCAACAAUGGCAUCUGGGGGCAGCGGGUGACUGACCUGUCAGCACGUUUUGGUGGCAAUGUUGUGAGCCUGGAAACAGCGGCUGGUUCCACUCUGUCUCUCGAGGAAAUCAAGGCGUCCCUGGACCAGCACAAGCCUGCUGUUCUGUUCUUGUGCCAGGGUGAAAGCUCGACAGGGGCGCAGCAAAGCCUCGCUGGCGUCGCAGAAGCUUGCCAAGAACAUGGAACGGUGCUGAUUGUGGACACAGUGUGUUCCCUGGGAGCUGUGCCUUUCUACGGCGACGCAUGGGGCGUCGACUGCAUGUACAGCGGAUCGCAGAAGGUCAUCUCGGCGCCCCCAGGAGCCGCUCCCUUCAUGCUGAGCGAGCGCGGUCUCAAGAAACUGCUGAAUCGGAAGAUGAAGGUUGCGUCUUACAACUUUGAUCUGAACCUCAUCGGCAACUACUGGGGCUGGUUCUCCAAAGCAAGGCAGUAUCAUGCGACUGCAAUGGGGCUGGGGGCGCUGGGUCUGAAGCCCUUCGUCGAGUCUGAUGCGGACCGGCUCGUCUCCGUGAACACCAUCAAGGUGCCCGAAGGUGUGGACUGGGCGGCUGUGGUCAAGAAUGCGAUGGAAAAGUAUAAUGUGGAGAUUGCUGGUGGCCUCGGUCCCACUGCAGGGAAGGUCUGGCGUGUUGGAAUCAUGGGCUACAAUGCAAAGCUGGAGAAUGUGGAGCUGGUCAUCGCUGCUUUCCGGGAUGGCCUGCAGCAGCAGGGAUACUUGAAGUGAACGAUGCUGAGGAAGUCACUUGAUGCAGAUCCAGCAUGGCAAAUUUAAUUGCUUGUGAAAAGUAAAAGGUUCAUUAAGCUGAUCUCCGGCACACUCUGUUCUGCUACGCGCAGUCAUCGUAAAUUAUGAUAAUGAUCUCACAGAGGGUCCCUUGUAUCCAGGUAAACAGAUUUUAGAAAGCCUGCACAUCUUUGAUGCGAGACUUGUCAUGCAACUGUGCAGCUGCCUGUGCACCUGCCCCUUUGUUUCAUGCAGCUGUGAAGAAGGGACAGCUAUUACAUUUAGUACGUUGCCAUAUGGUGGCCACACUUCAGAUAUGCAUCGGCAAGAAGCCGGGGGCAAAACUUAGGAAUUGUCCGUUAGCUCUAGAAUUGAUGAUACAACAUUACCGGGAACAGCGUGUCGGUGAGACUGAGUGUCACAUCCUGUCUUGUCAUCCGGUGAAUCAUCUAUGGAGGUUUGAUUGUCUUACUCUGCAGCCAGACGGCUUGUAGCUCUGUUUGAGAUCCAGGUCAUGUAAGGGCCCCAGGAUC